CGAGAUUUCGGUGCAAACGACGACCAGUCACACUACCUCCAUUGACCGUCGCCAAACAUGCCGAUUCGAAGCGUAGUCAAGCGCCAUCCGUUCAACAAGAAACAGGCGCUCCCGCGCAUGGCGUGGUCGCCCGAGAACCUGUUCAAUGUGUGGCUGCGCACAUCGCCCGAAUCGUAUCUCCACAGGGAGACCGAGUUCAACACGACACAGAAGACUCUGUUCCAGCAGCGAUGGCUUGCCAAGCGCCUGACCAAGGGCUACCACGGUGACCACAUCAUGGAGAAGAAGUUCAAGCGGUGGUUCCUGCCCGAGUCGAUCCCGACCAUCCGACACAACUCGGGCGGCGAGGCGGCCAAGUCGGUGGCGGCCAAGAACGACAUGGCCAAGUGGGUCGAGGGCAAGGCGCGCGCCGGCGGGCGCACCGACGCCGAGAAGAAGGCGGCCGCGCUGGCCAAGGACGCCAUCUCGCCCGUCGGCACGCUCAUGUACGGCGAGGUCGAGCGCCGUAUCGACGUGGUCAUCUUCCGCGCGUGUCUCGCCCAGAGCGUGUGGCAGGCGCGCUCGUACGUCACCCACGGACACGUCAAGCUCAACGGCAAGCCCGUCACCAACGCCAACACGCUGCUCGAGCCCGGAGACCUCUUCACCAUCAACCCCGAGGUCGUGCCCUUCAUCCAGCGGCCAAAAGCUGCCGAGGUCGAGGCCGCUGAGCAGGUCGAGGAGGCGGAGGAGGCCGAGGCUGUUGAGGAGGCUGAGGCUGAGGUCGCUGCCGAGAAGAAGGAGGGCGAGGCCGCCGAGGCCGGCGCCGAGGUCGCCGCCGAGAAGGAGGGCGAGGUCGAGGACGCCGAGUCUGCUGAAGCCGAGGCUGAGGUCGAGGCUGCCGAGCCCGAAGCGCACGUCAGCAAGCCCAAGCCCAAGCCCAAAAGCUACACGCCACCCAACGUGACCGAGGACGUCGUCGGCGGGACGUACUUCAAGCUGCCCGACUAUGCGCAGCCGUCCAUCUUUGUCCCGGCCUACAUCCUGCCGUCGUUCCUGACCUGCUCGGGCGUGUACGUGCGCCACCCGACCGCGCGCCCGGCCUACUCUGAGAUCCCGUCGCCGUACGACGCGUCGGGCCCCCUCAUGUCCAUGUCGUGGGAGUGGUACUCGCGCGUCGCGCCCAAGAUGACCCCCAGGCGUAGGGCGCGUCUGAUGGACCCCCAGCGCUCGCAGGACCGCAAGUAGGCGGUGGGGCGGGGCAUUGGAAGGUAGCAUAGCAUAGGAUUGCAUGGCAUGAUUCAUGACUCAGAGCCGAGGGAGCCGCCAAAGGCGGCGACGGCCGAGGCGAGUGUAGGAGGGAGGGGCGACAUGAGCAAGAGCGACCGACACCUGAGCACACUACACAUGGACAGUACUCCGCGUCACACCAUCAGAACACCACCCCUGCCUCCCCCCACCGGCCG